AUGGUGAAAGUGGGGGAGAGAGCCAGGACUAGCUCAGUGGAGGCCCAGUGUGGACUUGUACUGAACGGACAAGGUGGUGUGAUAAGAAGAGGUGGUACCUGCGUUGUUAACCCCACCGACCUGUUCUGCUCUGUACCUGGUCGCUUGUCGCUACUCAGCUCCACUUCAAAGUACAAAGUGACCAUUGCAGAGGUGAAGAGACGCCUUUCACCGCCAGAAUGCCUCAACGCUUCCCUCUUAGGAGGUAUUUUGAGAAGAGCAAAAUCUAAGAACGGAGGACGUUGCCUGAGAGAAAAAUUAGACAGACUGGGACUGAAUUUACCUGCAGGAAGAAGAAAAGCAGCAAAUGUCACACUCCUGACUUCCUUGGUAGAAGGGGAAGCAUUACAUUUGGCCAGAGAUUUCGGCUACACCUGUGAAACAGAAUUCCCUGCCAAGGCAGUAGGAGAGCACAUUGCCAGACAGCACAUGGAGCAGAAAGAACAGACAGCAAGGAAAAAGAUGAUCCUAGCGACAAAACAAAUAUGUAAAGAAUUCCAAGACCUUCUCAGUCAAGACAGGUCACCCCUUGGAUCCUCCAGACCGACUCCAAUACUAGACCUUGACAUCCAGAGACAUUUAACACAUUUCAGUUUGAUCACUCACGGUUUUGGAACUCCUGCAAUAUGUGCUGCCCUAAGCACUUUCCAAACUGUUCUCAGUGAAAUGCUGAACUACUUGGAAAAGCACACAUCGCACAAAAACGGAGGAGCGGCGGAAUCCGGCCAAGGACACGCCAACUCGGAGAAAGCCCCCCUACGGAAAACUUCAGAGGCUGCUGUGAAAGAGGGCAAAACAGAAAAGACAGACUAGCUACAUCAAACAGAAUCUAUUUCAAGAGAGUCUUGCUGCUGAUAUUUUUUUUAAAUAUAUAUAUCAUUGAGGGCGAUUUAUCUCCAGUGGACCAAAUCAGAAAAAAAAA